AUGUUUGCGACUACCGAUAUUUUAUCUCAGCUACAACCCUACUUGUCUCACAGUAUCAGAUUUCUAGGUGAUCCUGUGGAGGAGGUUAUAACUGAGAAGUAAGUUCUGUAACACUUUCGCUGCUUUUUGCCAAAUCUGAAAGUACACUGUAGUCCUAUGACUUACCUUUUUGGUGAUGCUUUUUGUCAGCUCUGGAGUUCCAUUUCUAUUAAAUAUAGGGACUGCCUCCUGAGAUAAGUUUGAGCCAUAAUGCCCAUGUUCAGAUGCUCUGUUCUCCAGUCCUUCAAGCACAUGCUUCAGAUGCAGAUUUUACAAGAACUCUUCUUGGUGUGUCAGGGUUUGCCAUAGCAACUGGACCAGCAAACUGGCUUUAAUGAUCCCUCCAAACAAAGAUUGUAAACUAUGGUUUGGCUACAUUCAUAUAUGACAAUAAACCACAGUUUACCAUUACAAGAAUAAGCCCAGCAUCCCUGAGCUUGCAUGCUCCCCCUUCCUUCUCCUCCUCCACAGUAUAGCCACAAGGAGGGGAUUGGAAGCUCCCAUGUCCCUUUUAGAUUAGCCACAGUUUAGCAUGUCCUUCAAGUCCCAACAUUCUAUCUGAUUAUAUAGAUGGACUAGAUCAUGCAGGUGGAAUUAGCUGGCAUCAAUGGCAAACAGUACCCAUUUAUUAUAAAAGAGGCAAAUGUGAUUAUUUCUUCAAAUUUCUUUAAUUUGGAAGAACAAUCGGUUUGCCUCUUUUUAUGGAUGUAGUUUGCACUAGAUUAGCUUGCAUUUAUGGCAAUCCGGCUGAACAUUAGUUCUAUUUUACGGCAGCUAAAAGAGCACUGAAGAAAUGGUAUAUUUUUUGAUUUAGGUUAUUGGCUGAUCUCUGCAGCAAGCAUCUUCAUGUCCUUUUCUGCCCACGAUCUGUCCUGGAGAUUGUCGUGGUGCUUCGUCAGAUAAGCAACCAGUGCCACCAAGUGUCAUGUCAAGUCAUUUCCACUUGUGAAACCAGGUACAAGCAGUGGACAAACAAAUCACUGAGAUCACGCCAGAGGCACAACUAUCUGCGCAUGAGAAGGAGGUGGGGUUUUUUCUUUACUUUUGAAGGAAUGAGAGUGAACAUGUAAUUGAAAAUAUUUUCAAAAUAAACAAUUUGUUAAACAGAUCUCAAGUAUUACAAGAGAGAGAGAAAUAGACAGAAUGAGUGCAUAUAAUAUUCUAGAUCUGUAUUCAUAUACACAUGUGCAUGCAUAUAUAUAUAUAUAUCACAAAGACUACAUCCAGACUUGCUUAAUCCCACUGAAAAUGAAAGUGGGACUUGAUUUUGAUGGGGCCUAAAUGCAACUGAUGUAGUCUAGAUUCUUACACAAUAUAUAUAACACAGAGAUAAGCUAAUAAAUGAAGCUUGUGUUCUGCAAGUAUUGCUCUGUGUUUCUGACUGAUGCUGAAAGUAUCUCCAGGGCAGAUAGGCAGGCACAAAUGUUCAGGAUAAGAGGACAAGCUUAGUGAAAGUAACUAAAGGGAUACAAGGAGGCAGAGAUCUGAGGGGAGAGAAAGAGAGAUUGUCAGUUAGCAAGCAGCAGAAUAUCUCUCCUGUCUGAGUGUCUUGUUUUUUGUUUUUUUUAAAUGAUAUUUAUUAAGAAUUUUUAGAGUUACAAAAAAGAAACAAAAAAGAAAAAACAAAGGAAAAACAAGCCACAAUCAAGCAAUACAAAUUAAUAAAAAUCAGAAUAAAAAAAUAACACAUCACGAUCAAAAGACAAAAAUGUGCCACAAACAUUUAAAAACAAAUCCAAUAUUCUCAAAUCCUUAAUUGUCAUUACCUUCUUUCUUUGACCUCCUCACCCCUCCCUUUUUUUGUAUCCUAGUUAUUAAUUGUCGCAGCAAAUCCUUUCCAUAUUUCAUAAUAUUCUGUCAUUACAUUACCUUAAUCUAUUUUAAUCUUAUCUUACUAUAAAGAGCCUUAAAAUUUAAAACUUAGAUCUUAUUUAUACCAAUUUCUCAUAUCAUAACCAUAAUAUUCUUACAUAAUUCUUUAAACAUUUUUGCUAAAGCCAAAUAAUUUCGUUCCAACAUUUUUCUAACGUUCAUCAAUUUUAUAAAACAAUCCUAAUAAAAAAAAAUUUUUUUUUCUUCCAAUCUUCAACCAGCGUCUCUUCCUCCUGGUCCCGAGUUUUGUCAGUCCUUUCUAUCUCAUCAAUCUAGCGCAUUAACCUGGUAAUCUUAUGUCCGAGGCCCUUAAGUCCCUUCCAUGUCCCUUCCGCGGCUCUUCUUCAUAUUUAUACCUGUACUUUACUUUGUCUCCUGCUCCUUUCACUCGUGGGAACUCCAACUUAACAAUGUUUUUGACCCUUCUCGACAAAUCAGCCCCUUUUCCAUAGUCCACACUAAACUCCAUGUGGUAUUUAAAAACAGGUUUCAAAGUCCCUCCAAAAUUGAGAGCCCCCACAACCCCAAACAUCUCAUGGCCCAUUGCCAGACUUGAAAAGUCCAAACAUCUCUGCAUAGGGGGGUCUAUCCACCCCCCCAUUUCCAAACCAAACCAAACUUUAUCUUUCCAAAUCUGGCUUUUUCCAAGUUCAUUUGUCAAAUCCAAGAACUCAUGUUCCUGCUGGGCCACAGCUCCCUCCACCUCUGGCGCCCAAGGUUCAGCAACAUCCUCUCUCAUCUGUUCUGUCAGAGCACACUCCUGAUUUGAAUCCUGGGUGGGCUCUAUAUAAUUUCCCACUGCCUGUCCAAAAUUUCUGAUCGCAUCAGUCAUCAAGUCCGUCUUCUCAUGUAGCUGUUCCAGUAGGGCACUUGUUUUACAGAAAGCACGCAGCAGAGCUUCUGGAUACAUUGUUCUGCAAGGUCAGAAGGCUAUUCCCAUGAUCGUAAUCUGUAACAGCUACUAGCUUCCCGAUUCAGAAUUUGAAACUGUUUCACAGGCUCCCUCUAGGGGAAGAACUUCUUUUUGUUCUUUUCUUUUAAAGGCAGAUCUGACAACAAAGUUUCCUUUUUCAGAUAUUUUGUCAAUAUUUGUUCCUUUAAAAUGCGAAAAGGAACAGUGGAACCACUAUGUUUCUCUUCUUUUAACUAUCUGUCAAAAACGUUUGUCUCUGGCCAAUGAGCUUCCCGAAGAACGUCAGUCCUGACACCCCACUCCAGGAUCAAGACGGUGGAAAGUUACUUUGCUUUACACUCUCUUCUGCAGGUUUAAACAGUCCGGAAAAAAUCCCCCCUCUUCUCCUGCUUCCGAAGGGGGUUCAACAAUUUUAAAUGAUGGAAGUUAAUCCUUUACAAGCGAUUUUUCUGAACUCUAGUUUGCCAUGUCUUUGCUUUGAUCUAUCUACAAAGAAAUGGAAGGCUGACUUCCUGUUUAGACCUUCCCGUUUCAGUGCCAAAUUAAAGUAAAUUUUUAAGUCCAAUUUUCCUUUCUAAUCAUUAUUUAGAGUCCAAUUGUCCGAGAUUUAAGUACUCACGGGUGAUUAUUUUAAAAGCCAAAUUGUCCCAGGAAAAAGGCAGCGCUCUCCGGCAACGGCUGUGCGGCUUCGCUCCACGGAAGAAGCAGUUGACUCUCAGCACCGCGCCACUGCCCCCUCUUCGCUCCGGAGCCCGUUAGUGGGUUCCUUUGCGGGUUGGGGGGGCGCUAAAGGUGCCCGCCGAGUCCCAUGGUCACAGGCUUCAUCCGCCUGUGAUUUUUGAAAGGGUCCCCGCUUCACCGUAGCGGGAAAGACCCGUUUCCCGUGGAACUGGUCCCUCCAGAUCAGAGGGAGUCCGCCAUUACCGAUGGCACCACCCCGGAAGUCCCUGGCUGAGUGUCUUGAUCCAGGUGUUGCAGACUAACAUAACCUUCACUUAAUCCAUUUAACCUAUUUGACAUUAACAUCCAGCACCACAUAAAAAGUAUAUUUAUAUGCUUGUCACUGCUUUAUAGAAUCUUUUAUGGUUUUUAUUGCAUUUUUUUACUUUAUGCUCUUAAAAUUUGUAAGCUGCUUGGAGACUCCUCAUGGGGCAAUGAAUUAAAAACAGCAAGAAGAACAGUAUAGCAAUAUGUUUUCUUGUUGGCUUAAUUGUUCCUAAAGCUUUUGUUUUCAAAUAUUUUUUCUUCUUCUAGUAUUAAAUUUCUAUCUCCAGUCUUGCAACUAAUUUUAAUCUUGAUUACGCUGGAACUAAUCCAUGUCCAUACUGCUGGUGAACAGAAGGCUCCUGGAUAUCAACAUUACCUAAAGUGAGUACAUUCUAGCUUUAGUCAAGUAAUACACAAGCUCCUUUCAACCACUGAUUAUUAUCUGACUGAUUCCACCUAGUGAUUUGUAAUCCUUGACAUUCCUUAAUCAGCUGCAAUAUGAAGAAUGAGCUGGCAGCACUCUUCACUACACCUUUCAGCAUUCUGGAGCAGGAAGAAGGUGGUACCACCAGUGUCUCAGUACUACACCUCUUAGUUGUUGUUCGGGCUUCCAAAAGGACCUGGAAUAAAGAUGUUGCUUUAAAUGCGUGACUGCAUUUAACAUGACUGGGUGUUUCCUCCCCGCCUUUACAAAUUGCAGCCGCUGGAAGGGGGCAGUGUGGUCCAGAAAUGUCUUUCUGCAACUGCAAAAGCGAUGCAAUGAUGGCUUUUCCAGGGAAAGCAUCUGUUUGACAAUAUAUUUUAAUGUCUGAUGGUUUUUGAAAAAGGCUUUCUUUUUUGGUGUCACAAUUGUAUUUAUUUCCUCUUCCACACAGGUUCCUAAAGGUGAUCUUGAAGUACACUGAGAAUCUGGUGACUUACACAAGCCCGGAAAAAAAUAAAUGGGAAGAAGCGACAGAGCUUACGCAGAACGCUUUGCUAAAAAUCAGAACUGUCUUAGGGAAGCAGCAGUUGCUUGUGCAGUUGGCUAAUUCCUAA